AUGGACACCCGCGAGUUAGCCACGAGAGACGAAUUGUGGCGCAUUCAAGAGACGUUGAACGAUCUCUCCGCAACCCAAGCCGCCCACUCUGAUCGCAUCAUGCGUUUGGAGCAGAAGAUUCCCGAUGGCAGCAGACCUCGAAGUCUGUGGGGGGCGAGCUCUCCCUUUCCUCUUGGUUCACAGCAUGAGUCAACCCUCAACCCCGCUGCUGAAGCCUUUCGAAAUUUUGAUGCCGAUCCUAUGAUCAGCUCCUUGACCUUGGACCCGACCGACGACUCCCGCAGAGUGGCUGCGUCCAGAGCCAACUCGGUACGGUUUGACGAGAGUGCCAACAACCACUAUGGCUCCUCGAGACAGUCGAUGGAAUUACCCGCACGUACAGGCAGUGGACUUGGUGGCCAUGCACUCUCGGAAAGAUCUCUAUCACAUCGGUCGGAUGGGAGGCCUGCACCUACUGGCUUCGGUCGGACAAACAGCUUUGGUCUUGAACAGAGUCGCUUGCUUGGUUCAAUUCACAACUCGCCCCGAGUUUCAGGCAAUCCUCCACCAGGCUUCUUUAUCUUGGGACCAUGCCCGGCCAUCAUCCGUUGCUGGCUGACACAAUCCUUUUCCAACAGCUCAUUGCUCUACGCCGCCAUGUGCACUGGUUCGACGAUUUCAUCCGUCAGCUAUUCAUUGUUAUGCAAACUUGAACUGACAGAGUCUAUCUUUGGAGACGGAGGCUCUCGCUCUAUCCGACUUCCCGUGUAUCUGACCGAAGCCAAGAUCCACAGCCCUGCCGCCGUCAGAUCAGCCAGUCCUGUCCCACCCAUCCCUACUCUAAUGGUCAAGUUUGUGGUCGACGAACAGACGGUGACCGAUCCGACGAUCCAGAUCAUUCUAGGUAGUGAUGUUCUGAGAUCACAUAACGCCGACAUUUUGUUCUCCCAGGAUAAGGUGAUGAUUUUUGACGAGGAACGAAAUCAGGUCUCGAUUCCUUUCUGCAGACCGGAAGACGAUGCCUGUUUCAAGGAUCUGUGCACAGUCUCUCGACAUCGAUCGUCGUCAAUAGGGGAAGCUCUGCCACCUCCAGCGUCACCAGUUGGUGUCAUUGGUCAACCAGAAAGACUCAACACGGCGCAGAAUACAGUCUCACCCACAGCAGCUCAGUCCAGUAGCUUGCCAUCGGCCAAUCCGUCUGAACCGGGAGAUGUGCGCAGAGCAGAUCCGCCCCUGGAUCAAUUGACACGACGCAGCCUAGAUAUGACUCAACCAAGGCCUGCCGACGAUAGCAAGUCCACUACCGGGAGCGAGAAGUCAUUCACCGCACCCAUGUCGAAAUCUGGUCCGGGGGUGUGGUCCAACUCGUGGCGUUCUGGAUCGUCUAGCACCGCGAACGAUGCGAGCUCCAAGACCUCGUCCAGUUAUGCCCGACCUCACACGCAGCGACCCAUGAAAAUUUUGCGACCCACCAAGACAAUGGCCAAUGCGACGAGAACUACCUCGGGCUCGGCAACCAGCGUGAAUGGCGCCGAAGCUGCUCAGGCAACGGGGAACGACACUGGAAAGGCUGCAGCUCAAGCAGAUUCAGGCGGAGAAUCAAAAGGAACCCCAUCAACCACGACAACACGGACCAACCCAAUUGGCUCUGGUACUGCAUUCGGUUGGUUGAAUUCGGGGCCACAACGUAGAACAACAGCGAACAGUUGA